AUGGCUGGAAAUUCACCUUGUGCUUCCUGCAAGUUGCUGCGACGCAGAUGUGCGAAAGACUGCAUCUUUGCUCCUCACUUCCCUUCUAAUGACCUCCAUAAGUUCGCCAUCGUUCACAAGGUCUUUGGUGCUAGCAAUGUCAGCAAACUGUUGCAGGAGCUUCCGGUUCAUCAGAGGGAGGAUGCAGUGAUCAGUCUAGUCUACGAAGCAAAUGCGAGAAUGAGAGAUCCAGUUUAUGGGUGUGCUGGAGCCAUAUCUUAUCUGCAAGACCAGGUCUCUGAGCUACAAAUGCAGCUUGCAAUGGCUCAAGCAGAGAUACUCUGUUUUCAGAUGCAGCAGCAAGAGCAAGCCUGCAGACCAACAUGUACUACUACUCCACAGAUUGUCAACCAAUAUGACAAAUCAUUUUAUCUCCACAACCACUCAAUUUGUCCCUCACCACCUCAACUUUGGCUGUCACAGCAGUGUAAUCCAUGA